AACCCUGCAUUAAACAUUAGGGAAUCAGACUGUGCUGAGCACUCUUCCGAAACACACUGGUGAAGCAUACACAGCUCAUCGCAGAGUAAGCUCUGACUUUUUUCACUUCGCCCAUCGGCAAACUUUCAAGAUUGUUUUCAGCCAUGAACCAACCAAUCACACAGCAGCCAGGGCUCGCCCCACCGGCCACAGACUUCCAGAUGACUGUAAACCCUCUGAUGCCUCGAGGCGUUCCACGCGCUUGGAGCUCUGGUCUUCUCCAGUGCUUUGAUGACAUCCCGUCAUGUCUUAUUGGAUUUUUCUUCCAUCCCUGUCAUCAAUGUUGCAUUGCUUCUGAUAUGGGAGAGAGUUGCUGCGUCCCAAUGUGCCUGCCUGGCCCUCUGAUAUCGAUGAGGGCGCUUCACCGUGGACGCCACAAUGUGCAGGGGUCCCUCCUGAACGACUGUUGCACGUCCAUCUUCUGUGGCUGGUGCGCCGGAUGUCAGCUUGCACGCGAGGUACAGGGCAUCAAGAGCGGACGCAUCCAAGCAUAAAGCCCUUACGGAUGACCAAUAACCUUCUAGAGCUGCGCUGUGUCAUGAGAUGGCUGGCGAAUGGGCAACGAACCUCUGUGGUCUAUCCUGUCUGUUAUGAUAUGAGAGAAUGGAUGACGAUAUUCAAGACCUUUUAAUAUAUUUUCUUCUUUUUUCCUUCCUCUUUUUAUAUAUUUCUAUCUCCUCCUUUUGAUGUUGCUCUUCUUCCAUUGCCUUUAUCGACACUUUUUUCUUCCUUUUUUUCUGUCACUCUUUCUUUUCCGUUCAUUUUUUCUGACUGUCUUUAUUUUUGUUAUUUAUUUCCUCUUCUCUCUCUCUCCCUCUCUUUGCAUACCUUUCUAUCUCACUUUGUUUUUAUUUGCCAUUCCCCUAUCUCCCUCUCCUUUUCUAUCUCCACCUCCGUCUCUUUGUCUCUCUUUCUCUAAUUACAUAUAAAGACCAAUCACUGACCAGAAAAUUUCUUCCUUCUUCCAUUUCAGUUCUUACAUAAAUGAUAUUAACUUUGUAAGAAAGUCUUCCGGCAGCUUUUGUCUUACCCUCUUUGUACUUAACGUUUAUAUAAUGUUAUAUCGGUUACAUGCCUCUGUAACAUAACUAAUACGUCAAAUAACAUUGAUGAGUAGUGUAACAUCAGAAAACUACACAGUUUAUAACGUUGUCUGUGUUGUUUUUGUUUUCUAUCAUAAUGUUCAAUAAUCCGCCCCCUUAGAUAAUUGCGUUUGUAUUUUGGCGCAAACUUUUACUUUCUUUUACUCUUAGAUACACAGAUAUAAAGAAGUUAUAGGAAUGGUUGGCAUUAUUUCUUUACUCAUGGGGUUGCCAGUACAGAAGCCUGUUGAGCCCAGGUCCCGUCGCAUAAAGUUACCAUUAUUAAUAGUAACCUUGGUAACUUGUAUGGUUUAUUGAUGUUAAUCGGUUAGUGAACAACGUUACCAUGGUAGUUACCAUUGGAUGGCAAAGUUACCAA